CUUGACUGACCUUUGCGUGCAAAACAACAACAACAUUGAUAACUGAUAAGAAACCGCUGAAAAUGAUAAAAAAAAUGAUUUUUCCGAAUUUUUUCUAAUUUCUUAUUCAUUUUACUAGUCCGCUGUUUUCCCAAUAAUGCCUUGAAUUCUAAAAGCACUAUGCUCUCAAUUAAUAAAUUCAAACUUCUCUCAUCUUCGUUAAAGACAUCUCCGGUGAUAAUUUCCAAAGCUAAUGACAGCUGUUAUUCGUUCAAUAAAUCAAACAUUAUACCCACUCAAGCUCAAGUCAUCAUAUGCGGUGCCGGAGCAGUAGCGAAUUCUGUAGCUUACCAUCUAGUUGAAAAUGGCUGGACUGAUGUUUUACUGAUUGAUAAAGGACAAGUAUGUGGAGGAACAUCACAUUUUGGAUCAGGAACUUUAGGAUUAUUUAAACCCAUACCAGAAAGAAGUAUUAUAUCCUACAGUAUUAAAUUGUAUAGACAAUUGCAAGCCAAAGGAUUUAAUAUUGGUUUGAAACAAUGUGGCAGCAUAAAUUUAGCUCAGACAAACGACCGAGUCAUUGAUUUGAAACGAAGAAUAGCUUAUAAUUCUCCAACUGGUCUACACUGCGAGUUCAUCGAUAAAAAUCAAAUUAGCAACUUACAUCCGUUCCUCAACACAGAUGGUAUUACAGGAGGUGUUUGGAUCCCUGAAGAUGCAGUAGCAAAUCCUCAAGUGAUUUGUCAAGCUCUAGCAAAACUAUCUGUCGAAGGAGGUGCCCAAUAUUUGGAAAAUUGUUCGGUGGAUUUUGUCAUUACUGAAAAUGGAACUGUCAAAGGAGUUCAGACCGAUAAAGGGUUCAUUUCAUGCGAAUAUUUUGUAAAUUGCGCUGGAAUGUGGGCAAGGGAAUUAGGCUGGUUAUGUACGACCAAAGUCAGAGUACCAGUUUAUCCCGCCGAGCACUUUUAUGUUACCACUAGCCCACUUCCUGGGGUAGCUCACGAUUUACCUUAUAUCAGAGACUGUGAUUCUUCCUUAUACAUUAGAGAAUAUAAUGGUGGUUUUAUGGUUGGCGGAUUUGAACCUGAAGCCAAACCAGCGUUUACUGAUUACCGAUUAAUACCAGAAAGCUGGAAAAGCACUUUACCUGCUGAUUGGGAUCACUUCAUGCCAGUUUGGGAGAAUGCGAAUUUAAGGAUGCCCAUUUUGAAAGAAGCUGUUUACCCUUCGCUGACCAAUUCUCCGGAUACUUUUACUCCGGAUGGGAAAUGGAUUAUUGGGGAAACUCCGGAAGUAAAUAAUUAUUUCGUUGCUGUUGGCAUGAAUGGAAACCCUUUACAAGGAGCUGGAGGUAUUGGGAGAGCUUUAGCUGAAUGGAUCAUUGAAGGAGAACCGACUCAAGAUCUAUUAUCAUUCAAUGUACAGCGUUUUCUCGACCUUCAUAACAAUAGGCAAUAUUUACAAGAACGAAUUAAAGAAGUAGUUGGAAGACACUACGCCAUCCAGUAUCCUAAACAAAACGAAUACAAAUACUCGAGAAAAUUACGGUGUUCUCCUUUGUACAGUUUAUUAGAAAAACGAGGAGCCAUAUUCGAAACACGAAUGGGAUACGAAAGACCUUUAUAUUUCGAUACUAAUGAAACAGACUGUUUUGGUCGUCGAAUGCCCGCACCUACGUUUUAUAGACCGAAAUUCUUGGAUUUCAUGAUAGAAGAGUAUUAUGCUUGUCGCGAGGGUAUUGGGAUUAUCGAUAUGUCAUCACUUUCCAAAAUAAGAAUCACGAGAGGAUACCAUGCAACAACUCCGGGUCAGAACAACGUAGUCGUAGACUGGUUACAAAAGCUCUGCUCAAAUGACGUAAAUACUCCAGUAGGAGGUAUUGUUCACUCAGGAAUGCAAAAUGAACGCGGUGGUUAUGAAAACGACUGCAUUCUUGUACGAGAAUCCGACUGCAAUUAUCUUCUGAUCUCACCAACUAGUCAACAAACUAGAAGCUUUCACUGGAUGCGACGUCAUCUACCAAGCGACGGAAGCAUAGAUAUGAAAGAUGUUACCUCUAUGUAUAGUGUUAUUAACGUAGUAGGUCCUAAAGCUAAACAAAUCCUGUCCGAAUUGAGUCAAUCCGACGUCAAUUUACAACCGUUCACUUGUAAAGAAGUGAAUGUAGGAUAUGCCUCAGGUGUGAUGGUGAUGUCAUUUACUCACACAGGAGAGCAGGGCUUCACUUUGUAUAUACCUUCCGAGUACACUAUCCACGUUUACGAUCGAUUAGUUACGGUUGGUCAUGAUUAUGGUGCCGGAGAUGUUGGGUCUUUAACUCAAAGAUUCAUGAGGAUAGAAAAGUUUAUACCAUUUUGGGCCGAAGAUUUGACUAGCUACACGACCCCUAUAGAAGCCGGAAAUACGUAUAGAGUGAAAUUUGAUAAAGAAUAUUUUAUCGGUAAAUUCGCAUUACAAAAACAAAAGGAUCAUGGAGUUACCAAGAGACUCGUUAUGUUCAUAUUAGAGGAUUUAGAUCCCGAUAAAGAUAUCUGGGCUUGGGGAAUGGAACCAAUAUUUCGAAAUAAUCAAUUUGUCGGGACUGUUACUUCAACAGGGUAUGGAUUCACUCUGGGAAAAUUAGUCUGCUUAGGUUACGUGAGUAGGCCUGGCUAUCACAGGAAUUCAAAUCAAGAUAAUUUGAUCGUCGAUAAUAAUUUCAUAAUGGAUCCAUCUGCCAGAUAUGAAAUAGAUGUAGCUGGCAGAAGAGUGUUAGCUUUACCUAAUUUAUACCCACCUGCCAAAACCUCUUCUUCCAGUGAUUCGACUAAUAAACAGUAUAAACCUAAAGUUCUUCCAAUGGUGAUGCAAACCACGAAAUAAAUGUGAGUCAUGGAACAAAUCUGUUGUACGUAAUUAAUCACCGUUUUAGUUGUCGAUCUGAUGAAAAAUUAUCGAUAUAAGUUCAGCAUUUUAAAAUUUUUAGUCAUCUACUUACCUGUGUACCUGAUAAAUUUGUAAGGAUUGUCCAAGUUUUAAGUAAAUGUUACGUUUUCCUUGUUUA